GUAAUGACGUAUUUCCGUUUCUUCCGGUCUGUUUCGGAGGUUCAUUACCGGUUCAAAUGUCCCCAACGUGGCUGCUGCUGUUUUCCAGCGUGUGGACUUAAUAGCAAAGGAAGUUUAGUGACUGUGGAGGAAAGCCAACAGUGAUAACAAUGGGUGAGUUCAAGGUGCACCGUGUUCGGUUCUUCGACUAUAUGCCCAGUGCUAUCCGAGCCAUGGCGUUUAACAGCCGCACCGAGCGACUGGCUGUGGCCCGAGCUGAUGGAGCUCUGGAGAUCUUCAACUUCUCUGAUCACUACUUCCAAGAAAAGGUCAUCCCAGGACAGGACGGCAGGGCUGUUGAGGCUCUGUGUUGGGUGGGCCAGCGUCUGUUCAGCGCUGGUUUGAAUGGAGAGAUCACAGAGUACGACUUGGAGAACAUGAGGCCCAGGUACACUGUGGAGGCCUACGGAGGACCAAUCUGGACCAUCAGUAGCAACAGCCAGGGAACGCUGCUAGCGGUCGGCUGUGAGGAUGGGACGGUUAAGAUGUUUGAACUGCUGGAUGAGAGGAUUCGGUUUCAGAGAAACCUCGAGAGGCAGAAAGGUCGUAUCAUAUCUCUGUCCUGGCAUCCCUCUGGUACACUGAUUGCUGCUGGCAUGAUGGACAUGAUCAGAAUCUUUGAUGCAGAGACAGGCCACACCACACACAGACUGCUGGUGGAGAGAGGCGCUGGAGCGUCCAAGAGUAAAGAGGUUGUGGUUUGGAGCAUCGCCUUCCUGUCUGAUCACACAAUCGUUAGCGCCGAUUCUGCAGGGAAGGUCCAGAUCUGGGACGGACUCACAGGAACUCUGGUCAAAACUCACCUGGUCACCAAAUGGGAUGUCCUGGCUCUGGCUGUUUCACAGGAUGAGAGCAGUCUGGUAGCUGGGACGUCGGAGGGCACAGUCGUCCAGUUUCAGUCCAUCGCCUCCACCGUGGACCAACAGGAUAAGGAGUGGGUCCGAACUAGGACCUUUAAAAACCACUCGCAUGAUGUGAGGGCGCUUGUCCACACCGAGACUGCUGUGGUAUCUGGAGCGUAUGGACACCAAGGCUGGUUUAGUGCGACCCCUGCCCUGGGACAAGCGUGGGGGGAGAAGGAACACCCACGAGUCAGUCUGUACUAUGUGUUAACAGGAAAGCCUGGUGACAGUCUACCUGUGAAGAGAAAUCCAGAGAAACUGAUCCAGCUAAAGAGGAAGGGAGAGGAUCAUAUCUGCUGCAGUGCUCUGUCUCCGUGUGGAGGCUGGCUGGCAUACUCUACUGUCUCCGCCGUCCGUCUCUACAGAAUACAGUACAACAACAUCAGCAUCACCAAGGUUUCCAAACUACCCAAGGACCUUCGCUCAGCCCACCAGCUCUGCUUCUCCUCCGACUCCUCCAAACUCUUUGCCUCCUCCAACCAUUCUUCGGUCGUCAUCGUUUCCCUCAACCAGCUGGAGUGCAAACACCUCCACACUCUCAAACCCAAAUCAGGCUCCAGACAGCCCGUGCACCUGCUGUUUGCCAGCGAGGAUGGAAAAUGGCUCGCUGCAGCAAACGCAGACCGUGAGAUCCACGUCUACAACCUUCACAAGCUAAAGCUUCACUGUACAGUUCCAGUGUACAGCUCCUGUCCCACAGCCAUAGCCAUCCACCCAGCGACCAGCAAGCUCGUCGUGGUGCACGCUGACCAGCAGAUCUUUGAGUACUGCUUGAUGCAGAAAGAAUACACAGAGUGGAGUCGGAAGCUGCAGAAACAAGGGCUGCACUCUCUGUGGUUGGAGAGGGACACCCCCGUCACCCACAUCACCUAUAGUCCCAAAAACCCAGCUCACAUCUUUCUGCACGAUAUGUACAUGUUCUGCAUCAUCGACCAGAGUCUGCCCCUCCCUGAAGCAAAGACUAUGCUCUACAAUCAGAUGACACUGAGGAGUCUUCCCGAGCUGGAGAGGAUCAGACACAGCCACGCCUUUAAGAUAUGCAAGAAUUUCCAGCACCUCCUGUGUGUGAGUUUACUAGAGGACCAUUCGCUGGUUGUGGUGGAGCGCCCCCUGUUGGACAUCAUGUCUCAGCUGCCUGCACCUGUCCGACAGAAGAAGUUUGCCACAUAAACAAACUGAAGCGGGAUUCCUGGACCUGUUUGAGCCCUUCAUUUUCAAAGAAUGUUAACGUGUCUCCACUUUGUAAAAACUGCUUUGAUAGAGUAAUAAAUAGAACUAUUUACUGUCAUUCUUGUUUGACUGAGAAAUGUAUUAAAUUUGUCACACAAUCAACAUUUUAAUGUUUGCUCUGUUUUAAAUGUGAUAUUAAUCAGUAAUAAGAUCCAUGUGUAUAAUGUUUUUCAUUACUGACUUUUUUUGCUUCUAGCUAGGAAGAUAGGUGCUCAUUUUUGUGCAGCCCCAUUGACAUUAACAAAAUGUUUGCACAAAUUUUAACAAACUUUUUUUUAUUUUUUUAUAUUUAAAUACAUGUAUGGUGGAAUUUUCAAAGACUCAAAUUAAUUGAUAAACAAG